GUAAAAGAAACAGAGUAAAAAAUUUAUAAUCCUCUUGCAUUCAUAAAUUUUUACUUCUUUAAGAAUCAUGAAUGUUAUCACGUUUAUUGCAGUCAUACUAAGCGUCAUAUCACGCAAACUGGAUAAGAAACUAUCACGCAAACCGGAACUACCCCGCACAUUACGCAUAGCGGCCGAACUGUUACGCAUGCCAAUUGGAGUGCCUUUAUUGCUACUUGGGGUACCAAUAUCGCUAUCAGGUGGUGACAAAAGUUUGGUGGCUCUGAGAGGUAAGUAAUCAAUGUUUUAAAACCGAAUUUGCCAGUCGAUUUGUUUUUAGUGUUGAGUCUACUUUAAUUAGCUAGUCAAAUAGGUCAAUUGGUUGACAUUUUAGUAUUUUUUGAAUAUUUUACUUCUAUGUAUUGAUAUUAACUUAUUUUACCUUAAUUAAUUUUAUUUUAAAAG